UAUCUUUUAUCAGCUGAGCUCUCAGGUACCGCCUCUCAAGUGGUUUCGCAAUUCGUUCUCUCUCUCUCUCUCUCUCUCAUCUGACCUAGAUAUUCUCUCUCUCUCAAAAUGUCCACUUCUCCUUCUCUGGAUCAAUUUUACAUACAUGCAUGUACAAUAAUAUGCAUAAAAUACGUAUCUGUGAUGCUAUAUAUGCGACAAUUUUGACUCAAUUUGGUCCUGACUCGAUCAAUUGCCUCAAUUUUGUGAAGUAGCGUGCAAUAUUUGUGUACAUGAAUGUAUGCGAGUGUAUAGAUUCGGUUGAAUGGGUAGUCGAACCGCAUUUUCGGAUUCAAAUGGUGUCAGCGGCGGCGGAAGCAGUAGUACCUGCUGCGCCGGCACCGCCAACGAAUUGUCGCUCUCGCCGCCGCCGGACGUCCCGGCUUUCAAACGCCUCUCCGAUACCCUAGAAUCGAUUUUCGUCGACACUUCAUCGCUGCCGGACUUUGAUUUCUUCGCCGACGCACGGCUAGUAGCCGCCUCCGGUAGGGAGAUUCCUGUCCAUCGGUGUAUAUUGUCGGCGAGGAGUGUGUUUUUUAAGAAUUUGUUUGUGAAUAGAGAGAGGGACACGAAAUUUGAGCUGAAGGAGGUGAUGAAGGAUUAUGCUGUUGGUUACGACGCGUUAGUGACGGUGCUUGCGUAUAUUUAUAGUGGAAAAGUUAGGGUUUCGCCGAAGGAUGUUUGCGUGUGUGUGGACGAUGAGUGCUCACAUUUGGCGUGCAGACCUGCUGUGGCUUUCAUGGUGGAGGUUUUGUAUGCCUCUUUUGUCUUUCAGAUCUAUGAAUUGCUUACGAGGUUUCAGAAGAACCUGAUGAUGAUUCUUGACAAGGCUACAACAGAUGAUGUAUUGAUGGUUUUAUCUGUUGCAAACAUGUGCGGCACGGUUUGUGAGAGUUUGCUUGCAAGGUCCAUCGAUAUUGUUGUCAAGUCCGAUCUUGAUAUCAUAACUCUUGAUAAAGCAUUACCCCACCACCUAGUUAAAAAAAUAAAUGAGUCAAGGGUAGAAGUUGGCUUAUUAUCACCUGAAAGCAACAGUUUUCCUGAUAAACAUGUUAAGAGAAUACAUCGAGCUUUAGAAUCUGACGAUGUUGAGUUAGUGAGGAUGCUACUGAAAGAGGAGCAUACCAAUCUAGAUGAUGCAUGUGCACUACAUUAUGCUGUUGCUUACUGUGACUCGAAGACCACAACCGAACUUCUUGACCUAGCAAUUGCUGAUGUAAACCACCGAAAUCUGAGGGGAUACACUGUGCUUCAUGUUGCUGCAAUGAGAAAAGACCCAAAAAUCAUAGUAUCUCUAUUGACUAAGGGAGCUAGACCAUCUGAUCUCACUUCAGAUGGCCGAAAAGCCCUUCAGAUCUCUAAGAGGCUUACUAGGGCUAUUGAUUAUUAUAGAAAUACAGAAGAAGGCAAAGCAACUCCUAAGGAUCGUUUGUGCAUAGAGAUUCUGGAACAAGCUGAGAGACGAGAUCCGCUACUCGGAGAAGCUGCAAUGUCUCUUGCUAUGGCUGGUGAUGAUUUGCGCAAGAAAUUGCUUUAUCUUGAAAAUAGAGUUGCAUUGGCCAAACUUCUAUUUCCCAUGGAAGCUAAAGUUGCCAUGGACAUUGCUCAAGUUGAUGGAACCUCUGAAUUCCAGUUGAAUGGAAUCAACAAGAAUAUUACUGGUGCCCCGAGGACAGAAGUGGACUUGAAUGAGGCACCUUUCAAGAUCAAAGAGGAACAUCUCAAUAGGCUGAGAGCUCUCUCCAAAACGGUGGAACUUGGGAAGCGUUUCUUCCCUCAUUGUUCAUCUGUGUUGAACAAAAUCAUGGAUAGGGAUGAUUAUCCAGAGAUAGCUGGGCUGGGGAAUGGUUCUCUUGAUGAGUGUCCAUUGAAGAGGCAACGGCGAACGGAAAUUGAAGAAAUUUUGAGCAAGGCAUUUACAGAAGAUAAAGAAGAAUUUGAUCGUACAAUCAACUUGUCUUCUUCUUCUUCAUCAUCUUCUGUGGGAAUGAUGAAACCGAAUGGCAAUCUCACCUUCACGAACUGAGUUUUAAAUUUUUUAAGAAGAAUUGCUUGUUUCGACUCUGAUUGUCUGUUUUCCACCUUUCUUGUAAACUAAUUUUCAAGAUGUGUAUCAUAGUUUCAAGAAAACUGAUUAAAUUACACGACAAAGAAGGAUCCAAUAGGAGUAUGCACUAUUUGGGUUUUUUAUGAAUGUUAAUGAGGGGGACGGUAGUUUCACACUCUCGCCUCUUCCCUUUUUACCCCUUGUAAUUUACAGAUGUUUGAACUUUCUAGAAGCUGGAUGAUAGUGAAUCAAUAGAUAUUAGAACAUCAAUUGAGUUGAUUGUGGACAAGUUCACAUCAUCCUAAUUGUUUUAUGACGGCUACUUUCUAUUUUUUCUGUAAUUCUGAAAGUUUUUAUCUGUAAGAUCUCUUUGGUCA